AUGAGAGCCGAAAUUUCAUCCAAGUCCACAAGCAAUGAUGAGACACCUAGCCAAAAGCAGGAUCCUUUAGAGAGACGACGGCUGCAAAAUAGACUAUCGCAAAGAAAUCACCGUCGAAAAAUCAGAGAUCGAAUCGCCAAACUCCAAGAGCGCGUGAUCGCAAACGAGCUUCGAGCUGCAGCUGCUUUAAAUGGCUGGGAUCAGCCCUAUUCUCCUUCUCCGCUUCUAUCACCCCGUCACGUAUCCCGCCCUCAGAAUGACCUCCAAGUCAACUCCCGCGACACAUCACCUAUGGCCACGGAACCGCCAACGCCUUUUACUCCUUCAUUCAACAUCACGCAAACAUCUAUAUGGCCUGGUGAUUUCAACUUUGCGCAAUCCUCCGGGUGGAUAACUGGAGAUAUACCCUUGACGGUCGAUGGUGGAAGCUUUAUGAAUGACACCAUGUGCUACACGUCGUCGGAAGGCUGUAUAUCUACCGGCAUACAAGUACCAAAGGGGAUUUGUCAUGAAGGAAAUCUGAUGUACGAUGCAUUUUCAGAUCCAAGUCUAAUACAUACAAAUCUAAACAAUGGAAUCCAAGCGAGCCAGUCACUCUACUAUGUUGCGACAGAGACCUCCUUUCCACAGAUUCUGCAAGCUAUGAGAAUUAUAUCUCCCCAGACAAAAAUAAUUGUCCUCGUACCGCCAGAGCCCGCAUCAACCUAUCCAUCUCCACCUCCCUCCCUUCUGGGAAGCAAUGUGUUAGAUGGAAUUCCGUCUCCGCAGGCAGGAAUUCAAAGCCCGGCAUGCCAGUGUCAAUCCCAGUCCGCUCAUUUAGCUCCAAAUAAUGUGCAAGCCCUCUCCCGAUGGACUGCCCCUGGAUCCUUUUCAUCGGGUUGCCCUUCGCAUAAAAUCUCAACGCCAUCUGGGGGAAGCUUUCCAGGAAUCAGGUGA